UCAGAAGUUGUGUAUUUUUUCCCCUCCUUCGCGCGCCUGGUUCAUGUUUUUGCUUAGGGUGCCCUGCGCCCCUGUCGCUCGCAGAGGCGACAAGAAUGUACCGCGUGGGUUUUAUGUGACCUUUUUCAGGGGUAACAAGGGGCAGGUCUCAGCAGUAUUACUGGAAGCACGGUGAGAUACUGGAAGUCAAAAGCUUCUAGAUGAGGUAUUUCUGAGACGCCGCUUCUGAGCUUUAUCUGCUCUAAGCUGGUCGCGUGUAUUUGCUAGUUUUCUCUAACUUUUUAAAAAGACUUGUGUUUUGUUAGCUAGCUCUGCUGUUACAGCCAUUCUGACGGAGCCUCUUUAGAGCAGCUUACCUUUGUUGCUUAUUAAAGGUAUUGAACAGUCUUAGAGUUUGACUAUGGAAAUAAUACAGUUUACUUGCCUGUUGUAAGCCUUUACUUCCCAUUUCCAUACGGGAGGUUUUGGGGGCAUCUUAAUGAAAGAAUCUGCUUGUGGGUUGGCUCUUCUGGGGGCGGGGGUUGUGUUUAAAUAUUGUCAGAGAUCAGUUUUUGCUUGGCCUUAAGAUUCCCUAAAGUUUUUCAGAUGAAACAAAUGUAUUGUUGGCAAAUAAACAGUGUUUUUUUCCACAAUGGGCCUGCCAGUUCUGUUUAAAGGACAGGUGUAGGAAUUGCUGUUCAUCGCACAGUGGACGUGUUGCAGUAGUAACGCGGUGUAGUCUUUCUUCUGUGCAUGGAUGAUGAUAGGCACACAUGCUCUUACGCCUGUGUGUGUGUGGUACAAUUACAGCUGUGUCUUUGUUACACCCACGGUGUCUCUGGGGCCUUUUAUUUUAUCCCUGGAAGUACAAGAGAAUCCAAAGCAAGUUCUUCGAGCCAAUACACUGGCUUAUUGGGAUGUUGUAAGGCAGGCAGUAUUAACUAGAGCAACUAUGUACUGCAGAAAAUACACACGCGUACUCGCUGGGUGGCCAUGUCUCAGGGCCCAGGGUUUGAAGCAAGUUCCAGACUCCCUUCCCCCUGCCUGUGUGUGGGGGAGUCUUAUACAAUGCAGGUUCAGGUUUCUAUAUUUCUGCCCAUUCCUCUUUAAUAAGAAUCUCUUGGCCAAUUUUUUUAAAAUUAUAUAUUUUGUAUUCCAGCUCAAAUCAGUUCCAGAUCCUAUUGAUUGAGCAGAACUCAGUUGUUCCAAAAACCAUAUCGAUUGACCAGGCAGAACUCAAACUUUCUAAACACCAUGUAUGGCGCUACAACUGAAACACCAUGGAUAUGACUAGCCAUAGUGUUGUUCUUCUGCAGCAGUUGAACACGCAACGUGAGUUUGGAUUUUUGUGCGAUUGUACGGUGGCCAUUGGAGAUGUCUACUUCAAAGCUCACAGAGCUGUGCUUGCUGCUUUUUCAAACUAUUUUAAGAUGAUAUUCAUUCACCAGACAAGACGUAGGAUCCUCCAGAAGAGAUCUGGGACCCACAGUUAAUGUAGAAGAAUCAGCGGCUGCUGUCUUCUGUCCUGAACCCAUCGUCUGGAUAGAGAUGAUCACGUUCCAGGGGCAGGUGACCCAGCAUUGAAUGGACUCUCUUGGUUGUAUUUAACUCUGUACUGUUCUGCAUCUUGUGUGGUCAAAAACACUUUCUGUGACAUUGAAGUUUGAAAAUUCCCCUGCCAUCUCCAAAAGAUAAACCUCACAUUUCCAUUCCUGAGUCAAAGAAACUGCAGUAUCAAGGGCUCUGGAGUUGUUGCAGAAACUUUAGGAACAAAUGUGUGGUUUUUCCUAGGUUCACAAUACAGCAUGGCUUGUAACAGAAAGCAAGAAUGUUAAGCCAAGUUUGAUAUUGUAGCAGAUGUUGUUCUGUAAACCCUUUAACCACAAAUCAUUGCAUUGCAGACCUGUCCCAUUUGACAUGUAUGGGAGCAGACAUGAGCAGGCACAACAGUGACAUUUUUCUGGGGGGGGAGGGCUGUGAUUUUUAGUUUCAAGUACUUCUGCAUGUUAGAUGGUUUGUCAAUCAACUCUCACCUCAUGACUGUACACAGAGGCAAAGCUUGUGCUAUGACAUUUAAAACAAAACCUGUCUAGCUUGAAUUUUUAGGCUAAUUAUGAUCUCUGGGUCAGGUCCUUCGGGAUGCUUAGGUUCCUCUCUUGGCUGUUGAGCAGUUGAAGGCACUUGGCACCAUCGGCCUCAAUAAGGGUGACUUCAUUUUCGUUGUACGCAGCACUUUAAUGGUGCUGACUGUUCAUUUUGGUGGCAUUUCGACGUUAAAUUUUUCCGUAUGAAAUGGAAGUACGGCAUUGAGCACGUGUCCGUGUUUGAGUUCCAGAUGAAAGUGCUGGGCCCAAGCCUGUUUCCUUUAUAACAUUGUUCUGGGUAGUCUGCCUGGCCUGCUCCUGGGAGCAUUUCACAGACACACACUUCUUUUAACCACGUCUGUCUCUGCUUGGCCCCUUACCACUUUGUGUUCUUUUGUAAACUAAUGUCACCUCAACCUCCUCUUGUACCUCCCAAGGAUUUAGCGUAAUGUCGUGACCACUUUACGUGUCUCGGUUCUUGAUUGGCCACACGGUGGUGCUGGUGUAUAACAAUGAGGAGCUUCUUUUCCGUUAGCAAAACGUUUGUGUUUGGGCUUAAUGCUUGAUUUCGCUGGCAUUCAUCUGAGCCGUGAAUCAGGAUUCACUGCAAGUACUAAGCAGUGGAAAAGGUCUCAACUCAUCCUCCCUUCACAAACUGAAGCAAAGCCUGAGGCUGUACAGAUGACUUGUGCAUUGCUCUACCAUGUGGCUGGCUCAGUUAUGCACGUUCAUCGUGCAUAAAACCAAAUGCCUACAAAAUUGCAGCCUGAUAUUUUCAGCAAAGCUGGUUCAAGGUUGUGAUCUAUAUCCUGUGCUGUGGGGUAGGCACUGAAAGAUAUUCAGUCGACAAUGUCUGCAUCAGCCAAGAUCUUGAGAAAAGGAAAAUAAUUGUCCCAUCCUGCUGUAAAUGAAAAUGCUGGACCUGCAGCUCUGUCCCACUCCCAUUCACCGCCCUGGCUGGGCGGUGCCUGCCCCCGCCCCACUCCUUCCCUCGCUGCGGGGGCAUCAGUCUGUGUCUCCCUACCACCUCCCCCCCACAUUUACUAGCAGGAGGCUGCUUUCCAAGCUGCUGGGCUGCAUUCCCGUAAAUCAGCUAUCUGAUCGGUAUCGGCCAAUAUGGUUGGUUAAUAAUUGGCCAAUGGUAUCGGCCAAGAAAAUCUUUAUUAGUGCACCCCUACUGACUUCAGUUAUUUAACAUCAGAAAGGUGGGUUUUCUUCUUCUACUUAACCAGUCUUUGCAAGCAUAUGUUUCUCGUGAAAAGCAAUCGUGGGCAAGGGCAGAUCCAGGAUCUGAAGCCAGGAUUUGAUUCCUGCUUCACCCAGACUUUUAAAACCAACCAGCUGAGGCAUUUCUAUUCAGGCAGCACUCAGGGAGCCAAUUGACUUCAUGACUUACUAUAAUCUACCUGAUUCCUGCUAAUCUCUCUUCACUCCACAGGUGUUAGUGACCCUGUCCUUUUUAAUGGUCUUGAUGUUCCAUUAAUUCAGCUGUCCUUGUGUCUUCAAAUUUGCUGCCUUAUAGCCAUUUCUGGUAAUAUCUCUCUUCUGUUUUGCAGCCCUUCAGACUGUGUUUAGUUCUAGCUAAAAACAUUAACUCAGGUGAACAUUAACUUUGGUGUGGCACUGACUGCCAGUGAAAUGCUGGAUGCAGUGUCAAGAUGCUCAAGGCUAGAUUUUGCUUUACAAAUCUGAAUAAGAGAUGCACAUUUAACCAUAAUGACUACAGGACUAAUACAACAAUAUCUUUUGGCUACUUUUGCCUAGAUUGUUGUAGUUUUUAAACUUUGUAUAUAAUCUAACAAAUUUGUGCACAUUCCAAUUAAGUAGUAUUUAUUUUUGCUUUGUUUGUAAACUGAAUAAUAGUAAAUCUUCUAGUUUAGGUGGAAAAAAUGUGUUGUGUUCUAGGUGAUGAUUUACCACAUUAUCUGCAUCCUCUUUUCACAAUCCUAGAUCUGUCCAGGAUUAUGGACAUACAGUUGCCAAAUAACUUUUCCAUAUUAAACUUCUGUGGCUUCCCUACUUUACAGCCUCAAUAUUUUUGACUGCUGAAUAUGGCCGGCCAGAAAUUAAUCCCUUCUCUAACUGCACAUACAGUAAGCAAGCGUGGAGAUAACUUCUGUCACUCCAAUUAACUUACAUCGAUUGUUUAAUCAAAAGAACAAUUUUCAUGAUCUUGUGACUGUGGUAGAAGACACUGUUACCACAUUGUGUCUCCAGUAGAAGCAGUAAGAAACGUAGAGAAAAAGUUAAUAAAGAAAGAAUGAAAUAUGUAACAGAGGGUUAUUUACACUGGUGAGUGAGCGAGAGCUUCGUUCUCUACAAUAUAAUUUACAUUAUUUUAAAGACUUUUUCUUGAUCAGUUAAACACCUAGAAGUACCAUACAGCGGUCCCGCCUCAAGGACAGGGGUCUUCGGUUGUGAAGUUGUUUCCACUGAAUGCAGUAGACAUGAGAAGUCUCUCCUGGGAAGAAAGGAGGUGGGGGAAGCUCACAAGUGCAAGCUUAGGUUUUUCAUCUUCAGCCAAUACUCUAGAGACAGUUCAGGAUGUGAAAGGUGCAGGCAGAAGACGUUCUUGAAUGACUUGCAUGGAUUUGGAAUUGAUUUGGCUGAUUUGACUUGGGACAUGAAAAAUUGUCUUUAAAAAAAAAUUAAAAAAUUCUGUGGUGAAACCAUUCCCCAGAGACGCGCAGUGCCAGCUUGUUUGAAAAUACGUUUAUAAAGCCAUGGUUUGAAUCAGUGUCUUUAAAAGUCUAACCCAGACUGACAUAGGCGCUGUGUAGGGGGGUACAGGCAGGUACAUGCUGCCUGCACCCUCCCCCAUCACCACCGAUGCAGCUGGCAGCAACUGCGGGCAGUCCCCACUCACCGCCAUGGCACCUCCCGCAGUCGCGGGAGGCACCAGUCGCUCAUGCAAACUGGCCAGCUGCUGCUAGGGCACUUUGUCCUGCUCCAUCCAGAGCUGGAUGCUGUCCCUUAAGGGCCCUGCCACAUAUUCAAAUUAAAGCUGGACAGAAACCAGCUAGAGAGCUGUUACAUGUGUUCAAGCACUAACUUUGUAGCUGGUUGCCUCUUUUUAUAGUUGGAUGCUGUAUCCAGCCAUGUGUAUGUUACGGUGUGAUAAUUACUUUGCACAUGUGGCCAGUCUUAAUUUGCUGCGCAAUUCACCAGUUAAUCGCAUAAUAUAUGUAAUGUAUCUACAUAGCAGGGGCCUUAGGGUGUGUCUGUAUCAGAGCGAGGCUGCUUCAGCUCCCUUGCACGCAGUGCCUCUGUUGUGGUGGUCUGAGCAGCCCUAACGAUUUGCUACUUCUGUUACAUGCGGUGAAGACUUGGCUCCAGCCUCUCUCUUGUACUAUUAUGGCUCAUGCAGUUGAGCCAGAACAUUAAGGGAAGCGAUCUGAGCCAAAUAUAGAGCGGCAGCAGAUUAUUUCCUUCCCAAUCACAGACUGAGGGGUGGGGAGCAGCAAAUCCAACAAUGAAACCUUUUACUAGAAGAAAAGAACAUGCCUGGGCCCAGAUUCAUGGACAGGCUUCUCAGCGAUGCUUAGGGUACAAGCAGAUCACUUCUCUUAAAAGAAAUGGUUAUGAGCUCAUUUUGUUUGUGGGCCUGUCAAAUGUCUCCCGUCCUUCUCCGGCAAGCCAAGCCUAAGCUGCAAGGAGCCCCCUGCCCUUCCCAUCCUGCAGCCCCCACUGCUGGAGCAGAUGGCAUCAUGCUGUGACUCACUGAAAUGUCUGCAGCAGCUUCAAGUAAAUUCAAAAGCCACGCUUCGGUGGCUUCUGAUGUGAAAUGAACAGUACAAUCAGUCGUGCUAUUUAUUUGGGUAGUAAAUUAAAUGCAAUUUCAGAUUUUAAAAAAAUUGUCAUUCAUCCUGCUCUAAAAGCGUGCCGGUUCCACGAUGCUGGGCAGACCGUGCCCAAGUAUCUUACAGAUGCAGUCGAAGACAAGCUCUCCGCACUCGGGGAAAAGCAGGAGGGGGCUGAGAUUUUCAGCAAGAGGGAGGCGAUGCAUCAUUCCCUCUCCCUUGUGGGCAGGAAGAGUGAUGAUUUGAAACCUUGUAGGAGUUUGAACUCUUAAUUUCCCACCCCAACUGCCAGCUGCAUCACUGCAUAAAUAUCUCAGUAGGCUCAGCAGUGAUGGAUAAGCACUUUGUCUAGGUGUUUCUGUUAAAAUGAUAAGCAGUGAGAGUUAAUGUUGACAUUUAAAUUACUGUCAUUAGAUUUCAGAGUUAACGUAUCUCUUAAGAUCGAAUCAGAAAAUAGCACAAGCAACUCCCAACUUGUGCUCCUGGGCACUUGGGGAGAAUUUGGUAUUUAGGAUUCUUCUGAAUCUGGCCUUAAAGAAGGACUUGGAUGGAACUUCGAUCACCUUGACUUUAGGACCUUGGAGGGGGAAGCCCUGAGCUCCUGGCCACGCUCCAAUAAAUACGAGGUGUGAGAGGAUGAGCUCCAUUGGUUCUGAAUUUUUGAAGGACACGUUUGCCAGAAACAGUUCAAUCCACUAGCUACAGAUAGUAAUUUUACAUGCAAAACGUGUUUUGAAAUGGUGGGCUUUUUUCCCUCCAUCCUAUUUAAGGCAGUUUUACUGAACUAACAAAAGCUGUUUUAAGGCAUUCUUUUACAUGCAUUUUUACAGGAGUCUAUAUUUCUUCCCAAUGGAGUCCAACGCAUAACACAAAUAAAAAUGAGCCCUAUAGUAACAAAAAAAAAAAAGUAUCAUUCACCAUUUUCUAACAAAAAUAAAAAUGGAGCCACCCCCUUCAAACACUUCAUAUGCCACUUUCUCCAAGGUUAUUCUUGCCUUAAACAUAUAUCAACAGAACAUGGACAGAAAAUGCUGUGACUAAAACUAUCCAUGUCAAACAGAUGUCUCACAUUGUGAAGUGUUGUCCACACAAGAAUGCAGCGCAAUGCCAGACAGUCCCUUGGCACACUGGUUGCUGUCUGUUGUCUGUACUUUCUGGGUCCAGGGCAAGUUUUCCGCAAGUGCAGAUGGCACUGCAUAGGCUGUAAAGCUUAUUUGCUUCCUAGUAUUAAUGCUUCCUUCAGUAUCUGUGUGGUCCUGCUAUUGGCUCCUGUAGCAAGGUGGCUCAGAAGCAGGCAGUGAACGUGGUGCCAGCUGAACCAGGCAGGACAAAGAGGUGACCUGCUCACAGAAAGCUGAUUUAGGGACUGGACGGUGACAAUCACAACUACGCAGCUUUGCUUCCUAGGAGUUCUCAUUUGUGAGACUGCAUUAAAGCCAACCAUGCCUUGGAUGCAUCACAACACAGGGUUUCCUGAAGUCACAACUUGUCCCCAGUCAAUCCUGCCUUCCAGUAAGAGCGGUGGUAGCAGCAGGACUUCUGCACCUCCCAGAGAUGGAAGAACAGCGACCGGUGCUUCCUUCUCCCACCCAGGAGCAGCUGCAGGGGCUCCUCUCGUUGACCUCCUCUACUUUUCUCCAGUCACUUCAGGAGGAACAAAGAGCAAAAUUUACCUCCGUAGCCAAGCUACCUGCUUCGGCGUGUGGGCAGGACAGACAACACUCUGCGCUCCCUGCCACAUAUACAGGCUUAGUAGGAUUCAAUUUUUUAUCUAUAGACAUCAUCAAUAAACAUUGAUUCCACCUGG